AUGGGAGACUCGUCCGCUCACACUAAGUUGUACGAGUUAUCUCCUUUUAGACAGUUUGCCGGUUGCUUACGUCGAUUUGCAGUCAACGGAUAUCUACAGACAUUGAGCAUGGAGGAGUCUGCGUCAAAUGAGUACUUUACUCGGACUGUAACUGGCGAUGUCAGCUCACAGUGCGACAUAGGCUCCGCCCAUUUGGCCGUGUUCCAAACUCCUGGAGUCCUAGCAUCCAUUAUUUGCGUAGGCAUUCUUGCCAUUGCAGUCCUUGCAGUUUUUGCAUUAGCGAGGUUUGUAAGAAGGCAUCAAGACAAGAAAGAGAGCAGUUGGCAAAGGACACGGGAGAUUGACGCCUACGCAAUGCGGAAACCGCGAAUCAUCUCAACAGAAAAUGGGCACGUCAAUCAUGCAAUGAAUUCAUCAGUCGAUUCGCUCUACGCCACGGCUGACGGAUAUGAAACGCCAAUUGGUCAUGCAUAUCGUGAGCACAAGCCUCAUUUGAAUACGAAGCGGAUAGUGGGAGAUGUCGUACUAGGUGUUAGAAACAACUCAUCAAGUGAUAUUGAUCGCCAUAGCUUCCCAUCGAAACACAGUUAUGAGGAGCCAGAACCACCUCCAGUACCACAAAGAAUGUAUAGAAAUAUGACAUAUUUCUAA